AUGGGUCCUUUUCUCUCGUCUUUUGGUUUCCUAUACAUCUUACUUGCGGUUGAUUAUGUCUUUAAAUGGGUGGAAGCCAAAGCCACCCGUACUAACGAUUCUAGAGUAGUUGCAGAGUUUCUAAAAUCUGACAUUUUAGUCCGUUUUGGGAUGCCGAGAGCUGUGACAAAUGGUCAAGCCGAAGUGUUGAACAGGGAGGUCAAAUCAAUAUUGGAGAAGAUGGUGCGCCCCAAUAGAAAGGAUUGGAGGUUGAAAUUAGAAGAUGCACUAUGGACGUAUCGCACCGCGUAUAAGACGCCGAUUGGGAUGUUCCCGUACAGACUAGUCUUCGGUAAGGCUUGUCAUCUUCCUGUGAAGUUUGAACACAAGGCGUUCUGGGCGGUAAACCAGUACAACUUUAACCUUAUAGAAGCAGGGGUCCAGAGAAAAUUGCAAUUACAAGAAUUGAAAGAAAUUAAGAAUGAGACAUACGAGAAUGCCACUAUUUAUAAGGAGAAGAGCAAAAUCUUUCAUGAUCAACAAGUCUUAAGGAAAUCAUUUGUAGUGGGGCAAAAAGUUCUCUUUGGAGAUCCAAAGUUUAAAGACGGGAAGAAUUUUGUGGUGAACGGCCAUCGUCUCAAACCUUAUUAUGAAGGAUUCUCUAUUGAGGAAAUCAAACUCAUACACCUCAAAGAUCCAAUUUAUCUUACUUGA